AUGUCUCUCCGCGAGCAGAUGGUCCAGGUGGCCAGGGCGUGGAUAAAAGCACACAACGACCGUAGCCCCGACGCCAUCAGGGCACUCGCAGCUGACGACUUCGUCGCUCACUUCUUCCCGGCCUCACUGCCGGCCCAGGGCGACAAAGACCGCGAAGGCUACGUCGACAUGAUCGUCGACGAGUCUCAGCGCAAGGUCGUUAUCUACCUCGACUCGCGGGGCACUGCCGCAGUGCCUGGCGUGAUCGACCUGUACAAGAACCAGUACGUCCACAAGAUCACCCUGACUGACGACGUCAAGCUGGUCAAGGUCUUCGACUCCUUUAUCGACAGCCAGGCAAUGAUGGCCUUUAUGGGCAAGGUCUUUGCAGCCACGGGCGUUGCGCCCGAGGGCAAGUAAUUAAGCACGGGGACAUCUUUCAAGACAUGUACUGCACACGGCGGUGCAAAUCUACAAGUACCAGUAGGAUGACGGGGGCUAGGAGGUCGUCUUGCAUUAGAUGUUUAUACUUGACGUCUCAAACAGGAACACGGUGUUGACAUAUGGAGCCAAAAGCCCCGGAGGAUAAUUAGAUAGCAGUUCCAACUGAUGGCUUGAAAUGCAAAUGUACCGUGUCGCUCGGCUGUUUAAUUGACUUCUAUAGUAGCCUAAUAGUUUGGCUUUUGAGCCCUUGAAAAUGCUUUGGCGGCAAGAGCCGCCCGAGCUACAUUCAAAGCAUGGUCUUCGUCCUAGGUAGCUGGAAAGUAAUUAAUAUUCGCUCCGUGGCGUAGCACUCCCACUAAUUUCGGAGCAACAACAAAACCACUUGCCG